GCGGGUGGCGGUGGCCGACGCGGGGCCCGCACGGCACUUCUCGGGCCGGCCGCAGCCUGUGCGCGCAGCCCCGGGGCUGGCAUGGGCGGGGGCGCCGGGCCGGCACGAUGAGCGCCCUGGGCAGCCCGGUCCGGGCCUACGACUUCCUGCUCAAGUUCCUGCUGGUGGGCGACAGCGACGUGGGCAAGGGCGAGAUCCUGGCGAGCCUGCAGGACAGCGCGGCCGAGUCCCCGUACGGACACCCGGCGGGGAUCGACUACAAGACAACCACCAUCUUGUUGGACGGCCGGCGGGUGAAGCUGCAGCUCUGGGAUACAUCAGGGCAGGGAAGAUUCUGUACCAUAUUCCGCUCCUACUCUCGGGGUGCACAGGGCGUGAUCCUGGUCUACGACAUCGCAAACCGCUGGUCUUUCGAUGGCAUUGAUCGAUGGAUCAAGGAGAUUGACGAGCAUGCCCCUGGUGUCCCUAAAAUCCUGGUGGGGAAUCGCCUGCAUCUGGCGUUCAAGCGGCAGGUGCCCACAGAGCAGGCUCAGGCCUACGCCGAGCGCCUGGGUGUGACCUUCUUUGAGGUCAGCCCUCUGUGCAACUUCAACAUCACGGAGUCCUUCACGGAGCUGGCCAGGAUUGUGCUGCUGCGGCACGGGAUGGACCGGCUCUGGAGGCCGAGCAAGGUACUGAGCCUGCAAGACCUCUGCUGCCGCGCUGUUGUGUCCUGCACACCCGUGCACCUGGUCGACAAGCUCCCACUCCCCAUGGCCUUAAGAAGCCACCUCAAGUCGUUCUCCAUGGCCAAUGGCCUGAACGCCAGGAUGAUGCACGGCGGCUCCUACUCCCUCACUGCCAGUUCCACCCACAAAAGGGGUGGCCUCCGCAAGGCCAAGGUCACCCGCCCACCCCAGAGCCCACCCAAAAACUGCACCAGAAACAGCUGCAAAAUUUCUUAAGGGAGACACUAAAAAGAAACACACUGGAAUCUCUCCAGGACAAACUCCAAAUAGUUACACCUGGAAGGUGGAAGACUCAUUCUAGAUGCAAGAAACAUGCAUUCCAUUUCUCGUGGUAAUGGAGCUGCUUCAGAUGCGUGUGGCACCUUCCAUGCAAUGAAAACACAGUACGUGGUUUGACUUUUAUAUUUCUACGUGGAUUUGCAUGAAACUCUUGUAGACAUGUGUUUAUAAAGGGAAAAUUAGUACAGUGCUCAACUCUUGAUGACAUGAAAUUUUGAAUGUUCCUUAUAUCACGAUUACCGUGCAACCUUUUCCUUGAAAUAACUGCUUUUAUAAGAGUGGUGAUGUGUGUGUAAUGAGUAUAAAACCAAGGGAAUUUGAGAAGCAAUGGUAGUGACAUAAUGUAGAAUCAUUGAUAUGAGAGGGGUCUUUUUGUAAACCUCCUUUUUAAUGUCAGAGUACCAGUUUAUAAAAUGCUGCAGAUGCCUGUAAAGAUUACGUACAACACAUCUGUCCAGUUUGUGUAUGAAAUGGAUUUGAUAAAGUUUUUGCUAUGUUAUUUACUACAUUUUGGGAUUAAUAAAUGAUUUAUAUGCAUAUUUUUCUGUAAAUCGACAUUUUUUUGUACAAGAUGUUCUACAAGUUAUGAAGCUAAGGGAAGAAAAUGCCAAAGAUACCUCUGCUUAAGUUGAACAUAACCAACAUGGUUUCAACAGACCGGCAAGGAAAGAGCCGUGUUGGUACAGAAUGAAGUAAAAACACUGCUAUUUAAGAACAUGUUUCUCAACAA